AUGAAGCUCUGGGUGGUCUUAAUUUUUGCGGCGAGUGUUAAAGGACAUGGAAGACUUAUCGAGCCUCCUUCCAGGGCUUCUAUGUGGAGGUACGGAUUUGAUUCGCCUCAUGAUUACAAUGAUAAUGAGUGCUAUUGCGGCGGUUUCACGCGACAAUGGCAACGGAAUAAAGGAAACUGUGGAAUCUGUGGCGACGCUUGGGAUAUUAAACCGCCUAGAGCCCACGAAACCGGCGGAAAAUACGGAAACAGUAUAAUAGUUCGUAAAUACAAAACGAACCAAUUGAUACCCAUAAAAAUCCAAAUAACAGCGAACCACCGAGGAUAUUUUGAGUUCGGAGUUUGCCCAAUGACCACCCGAGGCCGGGAGGUCACUCAAGAAUGCUUGUCAAAAAAUAUUCUCACGAUGAAGAACGGAACCGCGCGAUACUACCCGGGACCCGGUAAUAAAAUCUUCGAGGCAUACUAUAAAUUACCUGAGGACAUGACGUGUGGCCAGUGCGUCCUGCAGUGGCGUUACGUCGCCGGUAACAAUUGGGGCGACUGUGGUAACGGAACAGGUGCAGUGGGUUGCGGCCCGCAGGAAGAGUUCCGUGGCUGCGCUGAUGUGACAAUCGGAGACAACUACCCGCCACUAUCUCUACCGGAAACUCCAGAGUCCACGAAGACGCCUUCAAGCUCCACAGAGUCUCCAGAGACUCCAGAAUUCACAGAAAUCCUUCCAUACUGGUACUUGAACUUCAUAAUAGUCGGAACGACUCUCCUGAUAGUCCUGGCGGCUUUGGGACUGAUCUACUUGUACUACUACCACUUUGGGCAUGCGAAAAAAUGGCUAAGGUCGCGGUGCGCUCCAGAGCCAGCACCAGUAGCGCCUCCAAGGCAGAAACGAUCAUCAGCGCUUCAUUUAUAA